CGCCGCUCAAAGCCCCCCCCCUCGGCCUUCCAAGCAUUCGCCCGACGCCGCCAGUCUCUCCGCUCUCUCGCUCUCUCUCUCUCGCCGAUCCGUCGACCGAUCAAUCCCAACCCGAUUUCGCCAACAAUGAGCUGCCAGGAUAGUCCGCUAUGCAAGGUGUUCUUGGACCAGGUCGUCCCCGUCGUCGGCUCCUUGACCUCGCUGUUGAUCUACAUUGCUCCCUGGAAGGAAGUCAGCCUGAUCAUUGCCCUGCGCGAGCUCGGCGGCGUGAAUGUGCUGCCCUAUGCCAUGAUGGUCUGCAACUCCAUCGCCUGGCUCAUGUACUCCUUCCUGAUCCGAAACUACUUUGUCAUGGUGACCAACCUGAUGGGCUACGGCUUGGGUAUCUACUACACCCUGCAGACCUACCGCUUCAGCACCUCGGCCCAGCAGGUCUCGGUGGCCCGUCUGCUGCUCGUCGGGACGGUGGUCAUCUUCUCGGCCAGCGGCAUAUCUUUUGUCUUCAUCUCGGACCCUGUCUCGGCCAAGCUGUUCUUGGGAUGGGUGGCCGUGAUUCUUCUGGCUGCCUUCUACUCGUCGCCGCUCUCGACCCUCUAUGCCGUCCUCCAGGAGAGAAGCGCAAAGUCCCUGAGCUGGAACCUGGCUGCGGCAUCGCUGCUAAACUCGGCCUUGUGGACCUGCUACGGCGUCACCCUGGACGACUCGUUCAUCUGGGCCCCCAACGGCUUUGGCAUCGUCGUUGCCCUCGUCCAGCUGGUGCUGCUGUAUCUCUACGGCGGAUCCGUUCUCGAGCGCCAGCGCCUGGUGUCUUCGCCAAGGGUCUGUGAGACGAUUGACGAGGAGGCAUGAGCAGAAUCGCAAACUGAACGAAACUGAUCAGCGACCAUCAAGAACCAAGCAACCAUCAAGAACCAAGCAACCAUC